AUGGACCCCCUUGAAGUUCAUCCUCACAUUCAAAUCCCUCCUCACUCAACCAACAUUCAACGGCCACGAAAUUCAGUUCUAUCUCUACUCCGCCGAGUAUCGGUAUUUUCUCAUAUAUCCACUCUGCACCGACCACGGCACCCUACUUUGGACAAACUGUUCGACGAUGCAAAGAAGCUGGAAGCUAGAAUAUACAGAAGUGUUCUUUAUCAAAAGUUGUUCCAACACGCUACAUAUGCUCUAUUGCUAGCAGCAUUAUACUUCAUUCUUGUUGGGUUGCCCCUAUGGAAAGGAUUAGUUUGGUGGAUGUAUAAUUUCUUAGCGACGAAGUUUAUAUUGACUGGGGGCUGUGUUGUAUUCAGUGGAACUGCAUUCCUUUAUGCUUUUGCGCCUCUCCUUAUCGUUUUUGAAAAAGAUCCGAUGAAACAAGACGCUGAAGCCGUAAAGAGCGAACCAAAUUCCAUUCAAUCUUGCGCUCUGCUGAUUCCGUGCUACAAGUCGGAAUCCCUAAUUGGCUCGACCCUCGAAGCUGCACUCAAAGUCUUUCCAGCCAAAAACAUAUUUGUUAUAGCUAAUGGAAACUCUCCGGAGCCUCUUGAUAAUACUGCCGACGUCUGUCAUAAAUAUCACGUCAAUCACAUAUGGUGCCCAAUAGGCUCCAAGAUUAUCGCACAAUUUCUUGGAUGCUACGCUGCGGAAAACUACCCAUUUACACUACUUAUAGACGAUGAUUGUAUCUUGCCCCCGGAAUUUCCCAUCGUUACAGAUAGGAUGAAGGGGAAUAUCAAAUGUCUCGGGUACACAAUCAAGAGCGUUGGGCAGGGAAGGCAGCCAGGUACCUUGUGCCAACAAGCACAAGAUAUCGAGUACAAACUAAGUGGGCUUCAGCGAGCCUUUGCUGGAAAGGUCGGGAGCGCCACAUUCCCACAUGGAGCUAUAGCCCUCUGGGAUCGAGAACUUUUGAUGAAAACGUUUCACUGUCAUCCUGGCUUUAGUAUCAGCGAGGAUUGGUUCUUUGGCCACGUUGCACGAGAGCUUGGCAGCAGAAUCUUGAUGUGUACCCAAGUCUUUGUCGAGACAGAAACGCCGCCAGCAAUUUUUUGGGUGGACAAUAAUGAGUCUCGAGGAGGCUUUGGCGAGAUGACAAUCUAUAAACAAAGGUUUUAUAGAUGGAACUUCUUUUUCGUGAAUGGCUGUUACUGGAAUAUGAAGUAUAUCCUAUGGUCAUGGAAGCUGGGUUGGUGGGAGAUAGGUGCGAAAGUUUUUGUUUGGCAGGAGGUAUAUGAGACUAUAAUCUUCCUCCUCACACCAUUUGUCCUCCCUAUUUCUCUUAUUAUUCGCCCUGAGUUCUGUGCUAUCCUCCUCGCUACGACAUUCGGCAUGUACUUUAUCAAUGUUCUAAUAUUUAACGAGGUGCAUCUUCGCAAGAAAAAUGAAAGAGUUAGCUGGGUGGCUAUAUUAUAUUAUAUGCCUUACAAGAUUACCUUAUUUUUAGUCAAUGUGGCAUCAUGCUAUUACUCGAUUUAUAAAUACGCGAAGUAUUUUGCGAAACGGCAUCCAAAAGUAGUUCAUGAUGCUAAGGUUAUUCAAGUAAUAUUGGACUUUGUCGAGCUAUCUGAAAACGAAGCAGGUUCUAUACUCAGGCAUGGUCGAGAUGAUGGUGCGAAGGAGCAACAUACCUAA